UGGCAGCAUACAUGAGCAAACAGCUCCAUUGACUCUUAGUAUGUAGAUACACUAGGAAUAUGUCACCACAAAGAUUGCUUCCAGAUUGUUUUUGCAGGGAUUUCUGAAUACAGACGACUCGUUGCUAUUGACUUAGGGUGAGUGGUUAACAUACUGUAGAGGAACCUAGGUAACCAUCUGAACGAAACAGUAAACAAGAUGGAAUCACCAUUGUGGAACGUGACUGAAGAGCCCACACGUUUGGCAGGGAUAGUGAUGAAUUCCAGUGAGAACUCCAGCUUGAUAGGCCGAGUUGCCUGUGUCACCUGGGACCCCACGAGAAACAUUAUUCUCCCACUUGUCUACUUGGUGGUCCUUUUUGUUGGACUCUUCGGGAAUUGCAUCGCGUUGCUGACAUUUCUACAGAAUGCCAGGAAGGUUAAAAAAGCAAUCCGGGUGUACCUGAUUAAUCUGACGCUGGCUGAUAUCCUAUUUAACCUCACUUUACCGUUUUGGGUGGUCUAUUAUUUCAAGGGGGGAGACUGGAUCUUCUCAGAGGUCAUGUGCCGGUUAGCUGGAACAUUCUACUAUAUAGCGACAUACAGCGCCAUCACCUUUAUGAUCUUCAUUAGCAUCAACAGGUACUGUACGGUCCGAAUGAAAAGACUCAACCUUCCUUUCAACAAACCAGUUGGAUCCCUUUGCACCUGUGCUGCAAUUUGGGUUGUUUGGAUUGCAUGUGCCAUUCCCACAUUGAUACAGCAGCAGUCUUUCAAGAGGGGGACCAUUGUAAAAUGUUUUGAAGAAUACUCUGGCAAGAGGUUUUAUGUGUAUGCAUCUUUCACAUUUUUCCUCAUAUCCUUAUUGAUUGUUCUACUGAGCUACAUUUCAAUAAUGAAAGCUCUUUCAGCCCAAGGGAAAACAUCUCAAGGCAUCCAUCGAAGGCUGGCUAAAUCGAUGGUGCUGGGGAUGCUUGUGGUGUUUUUGGUGUGUGCUUUGCCCUAUCAUGUUUUCCUAAUCCCCUGGGAGUUAAGCAGAGCUAACUCCGAAGAGAUUUCUCACUGUGGCCCUCCCAAGGCCAUUGACAUUAUCCACCAAUUGAAUGUGGCUUUGCUGAGCAUGAAUAGCUGCAUUGACCCAAUCAUCUACUGCUUCUCUGUAAAGCGGUUUCAGAGAGAGUUGAUGAGAACAUUCAGAAAACUGAUGCGCUGUUUGCCCUUUCAAGUGUAUACUUUUGAGGCCUCAGAAAUUCAUAUCAGAUCGACGUCACUCACUACGUCGUAGCCUCGGGGCUGAGAAGGAUUGGGGCCUGACCUUGAGGCCAGCACUCUGCAGUCUGUUACAUACUUACAGCUGAGUUAGAAACCAUCCUGGGAGCCAUCACACUCAGGUUUUCCUGCUAAAGCAUCCAUUGGGCUGUUCUCAGUGACUUCCCGCACCUAUUGAAGCUUGGCAUGACUCAAAAGACACUUGUGACUGGUGCAAUUUUUAAAUUCCUACCGAGUGAAUUUUCAUCCUUAAAGAAUGUGCAGCUUAAAUUCCAUCCAUUUUUGGCAUUAGAAGGCUUGCCUCAGAGCAGCAAGGACUAAAACUGACUUUGAAUUUCGAAGUGCUGACUUGAUAACAGCAUUGCCCCUAGGAACAGAUCCACGAGAAACAUGUCAAUGAAGGGAGAUUUGCUGGAAAAGUCUUAACAUUUUUAUCAUAAUGAAGUUGAAUGGAAAGAAGGCAAGAGAUGCAUGUUGAUAAAUUUGUACAUCACUGAGUUAUGUAUUGGGAAGUACAUGGGGAGGUGAAUCCUCUCCUUUACACUUAAAGCAACCAUGUCAAAAUUCUUUUUACUGACAAUGGUUACGAACAUUUGUUCCAUUUCCCAGAAUACUCAAGUGGAAAAUUGAAUCAGAUACAUUGGUCUGGUCUUAUUCUGCACUGCAAACAAUCCUGGUUAUUUUACUUCUUUGAAAAUUUGUUUGUCUCAUAAAUUUUCUUUUUGUAGUGAUACACUUCAUUUUUUUUAUUGUGGUAUCAAUUUUGUACUUUGUAAAGUAUUCAUAAUAUUUUUGAUUGUACUUUUCAUUGAAAUUCUGACCUUGACUUGUUUGAAGUCCUGGAGGCAAUUAACACUGGAAUCCAGCCUUCCAUUGUGACUGUUUUUAACGAGAACUGUAUUAAGUCUUAAUGAUUAUCUGGACAAUGUAUAUAAAUGAAU